AGAUUUGUUCAUUUUUAUAACAUUUAUUUUGUGUGUUUUUUCUGUGUUUUUUCCUUAUUUUUAUUCUCAUGAAUAAUAUUUAAAAUAAUAAAAAAAAAUUAAAAUAUUUUAUAUAAAAUUCAUAUAUCAUAAAUGUGCGGUAUAUAGAAAAUUUUAUACAUCUAUAAAUAUAAUAUAUAUAUCUAUAUAUAUAGAGGUAUAUAUGCAUAUAUUUGAAUAAACUUAAUAUAAAAAUAAUAAACUUGAAUAAUAGUACCUAGUUUAUAAAUAGUACUCUGAAAAAAAAAAAAAAAUAAAAAAUAAAUAACACAUAAUGGAGUGGAUACCAAGAGGAUUACCAAGCCUUCAUGCUCCAAUUCCAAUUUGUGUACCACCUAAAGCGGGACAAAAACGUCCAGCAACAAGUCCAGCACCAUUAAUAACAUCACCACAUCAUUUACAAUCACCAGCAACAGCUGGUGUUGGUACUAAUUCAACACAGUCUCAAAUUUCUUCAAAUCCACAUGCAAUAAGCAAUCAUGUGAUAAGUUCUAAUCAUAUUGGUGUACCAUCGGCUGUUAUUGGUACACAACAACAAGCAAUUUUAUCUCAAUCAGCUAAUCCUGGUGGAGGUGGUACAAAUGGUAGUGGUAAUAAUCAAAAUUCAAAUAAUACAAGUGCACGUGGACCAUUUGCAUCAGCUUUAAGAAAUUUAGCAAAACAAGCUGAUUGUAAAGAAGAUGAGGAUGCAGUUAUAACAAGUGGUGGAAACGUUGUUACUGGUAGUUCAGCACGUGAUCGAUCAUUAAAUUCAAGUCGUGAGGCUACUGGUAGUGCAAAUAAUAAUUCAUCUGGUAAUAAUAAUAAUGGACAUAAUACUAACAUUCAAAGAGUUCCUUCAGCUAAUGUUGAUUCUCGUUUAGAUGUUAGAACAGUUAGUGGAAAUACUGUAACUGGUGUUAGCAGUAACAGUCAAAGUAUAGAUGAUCGUGGUAGUGUAGCAAAGAAACAACGCACAUCCAUACCAUCGCCAACUCCAGCAGAAAAAAUUGCUCGCUUAAAUGCCGUUGCACCACAAAUACAACCCGAUCUCUUGGCACGAAGUGGUUUUCAACCCUACAGAUCGGAAGAUAAUCGUCAUUUACAUCCUGCUGGACAUUUUCCAUUGGAUGCUUAUCCACCUUUUUCUGGUUUACCCGGCAUUCCUCCAGGAAUGUUUUUGUAUCCCGAACAAUAUCUUCAUGACCCGAGAUUUCAGGGUUUAUUACGUGCUAGUCCUCAUUAUGCACAUCCACAUGCUCAUCCGCUUUAUCCCCCAAUGGCUGCACCAUACUCUCAUUUAUAUUCAAUGUUACCAGCAUCAUUGGGAGUUCAUCCUAGUUUACAUGAGCGAAUGAAAUUAGAAGAGCAUAGAUUACGUGAAGAAGAACGAGAAAGAGAGUUACAACGCGAAAAAGAACGGGAAAUGCGUGAAAGAGAGGAGAGAGAAAGAAGAGAGAAAGAGCAGCGUGAGCGCGAAAAACGAGAGCAAUUAGAAAGGGAAAAACGAGAACAAGAACAACGUGAAAAAGAACGUGAAGCAAAAGAAAGAGAAAUGAGAGAAAAAGAAAAAGAGCAGCGGGAAAGAGAAAGACUGCUAGCAGCUCAGCAUCAUCAUUUCUCGCCACAAAUAUAUUCUCCGUUAAAUAGAAAUAUAAUUUCGAUGGGAAUGAAUCCUUUGGCGCUAGGUUUAAGACCACCACAAACAUCUUUGCAUGGUAUACCGUCAUUACCUUAUCAUUCCUCGGCGCAACGACAAAGUCCACAUUCAGCUGCUGCUAUAGCAGGUUUAAAUAUUAGUCUUUUACCUAAUUUAACUCACGGGCCACCUGGUCUACCACAUCAUAUACCGCCACCGACAAGUUUAAGCUUAAGUCAUUCUACAUCAGGAGUGCUAUCACAUCCAAGCAUGGCAGCGUUAACAAAUCCUGCAACAAGUCUGAGCUUACAGCAAGCUGCUUUAGGCUUGUCAGCUCACCCUGGCUUAAAUCUAACACAUCCCCAUAUAUCGCCUCAUUUAACCACAGCACAUGCUCAACAACACGCAACAGCUGUUUCUGCUGCUAAUUCCAGUUCAUCAACUCAUUCAAACAGUAUAAAUUUAUCAACUGCACAACAGCAGCAACAACAACAACAUGCUUCUUCGAAGCAAGCUGAACAACUGGCGGCAGCAGCUGCAGCUCAUCAACAGCAUACAAGUUCAGCGAUAGCAGCUGCAGCAGUUUCAACAAGUUCCGGUCAUAAUUCUUUAUCAAAUUCAAUGUACUAUUCCCAUCAUAUGGGUCAUCAUCCAUCUGUACAGCAACAUCAUUCGACAAUAUCAUCUAUAGCACAUCAUCCAGGAUUAUCAAUUUCACAUUCUAUUCCCGUUACAACAACUCAAAGUCAAAUAUCAGCUGCCCAUCAAAGUUCUAUGCCAUUAUCCCUAACACAUAAUCAUCAUGGAACAAAUCCAUCACCUACAAUUAAAAAUGCAUCUCAAAAUGGUAGUGGUAGAACAACAUCAAAUAGCCCAACAGUAAUAUCUCGUAACGAUGGUAACAAAAGUCAUAAUAAUGAACCAACAACAUUAGAUUUAACUGGAGGUGAUCGUAGUAAUAGUAAUAAUAAUAAUGAUAGAAUUGUUCAUAAUAGUUCUAUUAAUCAAUUAGGUUCUGGUGCUAAUACAAAUAACCGUACAACACCAUCAAUAUCUCAUGAAAUUAAUGGUGGUGAAAGUAGUCAAACAAUAAGUGAUUCAUCAAAUUCAAGUAAAGAGGGUUUAAUGCCAACAACAGUUAAAGAUAUUAACGAUUUGCAACGCAAAACACCAUCAGAUGAUGUGAAAGUUGGUAUAUUAGGACCAAAUAGCAAUUCACAACCACCAUCUGUCAGUUCAGGUGGUAGCAAUAAUGGACAGCAACAACAGCAACAACAGCAGCAACAACAACAACAGCAACAAACAAAUUUAACAGGUACGAUGGAGUCAGAUGUUAUUAAAGAUGAUAAUAAUAAAACAUCAAGAAAUUCUCCAAAUUCAACAAGUUUAGCAUUAAAUACAAAUACAGAUGAGAAACAACACAGCAAUAAUUUAUCACGAACGAAUAGUAGUGAAGAUUCUGCAUUAUGACAACAAUUAUUUAAUAAAAAUAAUAAUUAACUACUAAAAUUAUAUCUUGAUAUGCAAUUAACUAAUCCUUUUACAAUAAAUAAUUUAAUUAAAUGUUGAAAUGUUAAUAAAAAAAAAGUAAUACAAUAAACUAGAUAUUAAGUACUUACACACACACACAAAAUUCAAAAAAAUAAAAUACAAAUAAUAAAUAAUAAUAAUAAAAUAAUAUUAGCAUUUAAAUAAUAAUUUUAGGUAAAAUAUAAAUUUGGAAAUAAAGUCGUGAUAUUAAAGGGAAUGCUUGAAUUAUAAAAAAAAAGAGGAAAAGAUUUGUAAAAAUUGUAAUGCAAAUGUAGGAAAAUUUGGAAAAGAUAAAAACACAUAUUUUGUAGAAAUAAUGUGUAAGAUAAAAAUGAAAAGAAUAAAUUUUAAAUUUUAAAAAUAAAACAAUGUUUAAAAAACAAUGUUAAAGACUGGUUACUUAACUUUUAUCUUUUUGUUUUUCUAAUUCAAAUUUAGAGGCAUUUAAAAAUAAAUGUCUAUUUUACAUAGAAUUUGUGAUCGAAAUUUAGGUGACUGUAAAACGUUUUGUGUUUUUUUUUUUUAAAUAAUUAGAAGAUUAUAAUUUUUUUUAUUAACGCAUGGAAAAAAGAAAUUAAAACUAGUUAGGUAUGAAAAUUAAAAUUAAAAAUCUGUAACUUUUUUAAUUCUAAAAUAGUUAUUUAAAAUUGGUUAUCAAUUGAAAUUGAUAAAUAAAUUUAAGCUACUAGAAUUGAUUCUAAUUUUAUUUAGCUACUAUUUUUUUUUUUACUUAAAAUAAAACAUGAAUAUAAUUCAAACAUCUUCUGUCUUAA